AAGCACGUCGCUCGAAGAGUUUUGAGCCUCCCAACCACAAUCUCCCUCCUUCACUUGGUUUCUUGUUGUGCAACUCUCGUCGUCUCGUUCAUCCCCGGGCUGGCAUCGCAGGAGCUGGCGUCUCGACAGGAUCAGCAGCCGCAGCAGCUGCUGCUGCACCAACAACAACGACAAGAAGAAGAAGAAGACUUGGAGUCGGAGCAGCAGCGGAACCAGUGGUUGGUGAUCCGGCUGUACGAGGCCAUCAACGCCCGAGACCACACCGCCGCGCACGCCCUCCUCGCCCCGGACCUCGAGUGGUGGUACCAUGGCCCACCCGCCAGCCACCACAUGAUGCGCCUCCUCACCGGCUGCGCCUCGCCCUCCUCUUCCUCCUUCCGCUUCCGCCCGCUCUCCGUCCACGCCCUCCCGGCCUCCGACGUCGUCAUCGCCGAGGGCAUCACCGGCCGCUACCACGACAGCUACUGGGUGCACGCUUGGACCGUGGGACCCGGCCCCAAUGGGGAUAGGGUCAUCACCCACCUCCGCGAGUACCUCAACACCGAUCUCACCGUCACCCGCCUCCCGCCCACCCGCUGCCUCUGGCAGAGCCGCCGCCCCGACCUCCCGGCCCUCCUCCUCGCCCUCUAAUUCAUCAUCUUAUUGUGAUUACCAUCAAUCAGCUUCAACCAAUCCCCUCCAUUCUGCUGUUCCAAUACGUCGAUCACACCUAGUACGCGUAAUUACAGUAUUAUUUGCAAUUAGUAUAUAAUAAGAAAUGUGGCCUCCUUUACUUCACUUUUACUGCGUCUGCGUCUUCGUCAGCGGUGACGCUCUCGCCGCUUCCGCAGCUACUACUGUUCAAAUAAUGUCUCUUGUAUGGUUGAACAAUAAUAAAGCAGCUUUGCAUUCUCAUCUUA